AUGCUCAGAGUGUUGUUGACAUCUAUGUGAAUUAUGAUUGUGAUUUAAAUGCAGCAAAUAUAUUUGAAAGGCUGGUUAAUGACCUAUCAAAGAUUGCUCAAGGAAGGGGUAGCCAAGAACUUGGCAUGUCCAAUGUUCAGGAAUUAAGUUUGAGAAAAAAAGGAUUGGAAUGCUUAGUAUCAAUCUUGAAGUGCAUGGUGGAGUGGAGUAAGGAUCAAUAUGUAAAUCCCAACUCUCAGACAACACUUGGCCAAGAAAAACCCACAGAACAGGACAGCAAUGAAACCAAACACCCUGAGACAAUUAACAGAUAUGGAAGCUUAAACUCUUUGGAUUCUACUGCUUCAUCUGGAAUUGGCAGUUAUAGCACACAGAUGUCUGGCACUGACAACCCAGAGCAGUUUGAGGUCCUAAAGCAACAAAAGGAAAUAAUAGAACAAGGAAUUGACUUAUUCAAUAAGAAACCAAAGAGGGGGAUUCAGUACCUGCAAGAACAAGGAAUGCUUGGCACUACCCCUGAAGAUAUUGCUCAGUUCUUGCAUCAAGAGGAAAGAUUAGAUUCAACUCAGGUUGGGGAGUUCCUGGGAGACAAUGAUAAAUUUAACAAAGAAGUCAUGUAUGCAUAUGUAGACCAACACGACUUCUCAGGAAAGGAUUUUGUUUCAGCUCUGCGUAUGUUUCUAGAGGGAUUUCGUCUUCCAGGAGAGGCUCAAAAAAUUGAUCGCCUCAUGGAAAAAUUUGCUGCUAGGUAUUUAGAAUGUAACCAAGGGCAAACUCUUUUUGCUAGCGCAGAUACUGCGUAUGUUUUAGCAUAUUCAAUUAUCAUGUUGACAACAGAUCUUCACAGUCCACAGGUUAAGAAUAAAAUGACGAAAGAACAGUAUAUUAAAAUGAAUAGGGGUAUCAAUGACAGUAAAGAUCUGCCUGAAGAGUAUUUGUCUGCUAUAUAUAAUGAAAUAGCUGGAAAGAAGAUCUCAAUGAAAGAAACAAAAGAAUUAACAAUACCCACAAAAUCCAGUAAACAAAGUGUUGCUAGUGAAAAACAGAGAAGACUUCUAUAUAACUUGGAAAUGGAACAAAUGGCUAAAACAGCUAAAGCACUUAUGGAGGCAGUGAGCCAUGUUCAGGCACCUUUUACUAGUGCAACACACCUGGAGCAUGUGAGACCCAUGUUUAAGUUGGCAUGGACACCCUUUCUGGCUGCAUUCAGUGUGGGUCUGCAGGACUGUGAUGACACAGAAGUUGCCUCUCUUUGUUUGGAGGGUAUACGAUGUGCAAUCCGCAUUGCUUGCAUUUUCAAUAUUCAGCUUGAAAGAGAUGCCUAUGUCCAAGCAUUAGCAAGAUUUACGUUACUUACAGUGAGUUCUGGUAUUACUGAAAUGAAGCAGAAGAAUAUUGACACAAUUAAAACUCUCAUCACAGUGGCGCAUACAGAUGGAAACUAUUUAGGAAAUUCCUGGCAUGAGAUUCUGAAAUGCAUCAGUCAACUUGAACUGGCUCAGUUAAUAGGAACUGGAGUAAAACCCCGCUACAUCUCAGGGACAGUGCGUGGCAGGGAAGGCUCUUUUACUGGAACAAAAGAUCAGGCACCUGAUGAAUUUGUGGGGCUGGGACUGGUUGGUGGAAAUGUGGAUUGGAAGCAGAUAGCAAGUAUUCAGGAAUCCAUUGGUGAAACUAGCUCCCAAAGUGUUGUCGUUGCCGUAGACAGAAUAUUUACGGGAUCUACAAGGUUGGAUGGAAAUGCUAUUGUGGAUUUCGUUCGCUGGCUGUGUGCUGUAUCUAUGGAUGAACUGCUGUCUGCUACUCACCCUCGAAUGUUUAGUCUGCAGAAGAUAGUAGAGAUUUCUUACUACAACAUGGGCCGGAUAAGGCUACAGUGGUCUAGAAUCUGGGAAGUUAUUGGAGAUCAUUUUAAUAAGGUUGGCUGCAAUCCCAAUGAAGAUGUAGCUAUUUUUGCAGUAGACUCUUUAAGGCAGUUAUCAAUGAAAUUCUUAGAAAAAGGAGAGCUUGCUAAUUUCCGAUUCCAGAAGGACUUCCUAAGACCAUUUGAACAUAUCAUGAAGAGAAACAGGUCUCCUACUAUUCGAGACAUGGUUGUACGCUGUAUUGCACAGAUGGUAAAUUCCCAGGCUGCUAACAUUCGUUCUGGCUGGAAAAACAUUUUUUCAGUAUUUCAUCUGGCAGCCUCAGAUCAGGAUGAAAGUAUAGUGGAACUUGCAUUCCAGACUACAGGACACAUUGUCACAAUUGUGUUUGAGAAACAUUUCCCAGCAACCAUAGAUUCUUUCCAGGAUGCAGUAAAGUGCUUGUCUGAAUUUGCCUGCAAUGCAGCAUUUCCAGAUACCAGUAUGGAAGCGAUCCGCCUCAUUCGCCACUGUGCAAAAUACGUAUCUGACAGACCUCAGGCAUUUAAGGAAUACACAAGUGAUGAUAUGAAUGUAGCUCCCGAAGACAGAGUGUGGGUGCGAGGAUGGUUCCCAAUUCUGUUUGAGUUGUCGUGUAUCAUCAAUAGAUGCAAAUUAGAUGUAAGAACCAGGGGCUUAACAGUAAUGUUUGAAAUAAUGAAGACAUAUGGCCAUACUUACGAAAAACACUGGUGGCAAGAUUUGUUUCGGAUUGUCUUCAGGAUAUUUGACAACAUGAAACUACCAGAACAGCAGACUGAGAAAGCUGAAUGGAUGACAACUACUUGCAACCAUGCACUUUAUGCAAUAUGUGAUGUAUUCACACAGUAUUUAGAAGUACUUAGUGAUGUUCUUUUGGACGAUAUAUUUGCACAGCUGUACUGGUGUGUGCAGCAAGACAAUGAACAACUGGCACGGUCUGGUACAAACUGUUUGGAGAAUGUUGUCAUCCUGAAUGGUGAAAAGUUUACCCUAGAAAUCUGGGAUAAAACUUGUACUUGCAUGCUGGAUAUUUUCAAGACUACAAUCCCUCACGCGCUGCUGACUUGGCGACCGGUCACUGCGGACUUUGGCUCUGUAUCUCCCUCUGAUGCAAAGGAAAAACUGGAUACCAUCUCACAGAAGUCAGUAGAUAUUCAUGAUUCUAUUCAGCCUAGAUCUUCAGAUGGAAGGCCAUAUCAACCCAGCACAGGGUCCACAGCAGGUGAAGAAAUGAGUAAAACCAGGCCAACAGCAAAAUUUCCAGAACAGAAGUUAUUUGCUGCUCUUUUAAUCAAAUGUGUUGUACAACUGGAACUCAUUCAGACUAUCGACAACAUAGUGUUCUUCCCAGCAACUAGCAAAAAGGAGGAUGCGGAGAAUCUAGCAGCAGCACAAAGAGAUGCAGUAGACUUUGAUGUCCAUGUGGAUACACAAGAUCAAGGGAUGUAUCGUUUUCUAACGUCACAGCAGCUUUUCAAACUCCUCGAUUGUCUGCUGGAAUCUCACAGAUUUGCUAAAGCCUUUAACUCCAACAAUGAACAGAGAACUGCUCUCUGGAAGGCAGGUUUUAAAGGCAAAUCAAAGCCUAAUCUUCUGAAACAGGAGACUAGCAGUCUUGCGUGUGGGCUGCGCAUUCUGUUCCGUAUGUACAUGGAUGAAAGCCGUACCAGUGCAUGGGAGGAAGUCCAGCAAAGGCUACUCAAGUAA